UGUUGAAUGUGGAAAAACUCCAAUUCCAUAAAUGUUUUCAGUCAAUCAUCUUGUCAAUUAGAAAACUCCAUAAACCAUAUUUAUUUCUCUUUCGAAGAUUAUCGGACGUACAAAAUGUUUAAGGAAAUAUAUUUUGCCAUAUCAAUUAUACACAUAUCUCUUUCAGAUGCUGAGUUCCAUGCGUGUUCGAACUACACCUUAAUGAAAUAUGUAGAUCGAAGAGCGGUAGCAAAUGUACUAGACCAUGGCGAUGCUCAUGCAAUAAGUGACGAUUUUCUUGACAGUGGAUGGUAUCGAAUUCAGAGUGCGGCUGGAGAAGAUAUGCCAACUGAACCUCCCGGAUCUUUUCAUUGUGGAACGUGGUAUCCGAUAUGGCUUAAUGGAUCUUUACCAACAAAUAUUGGAGAAGAAAAUGUUGGAAGAGUGUGUCUGCAAAGCUUUGACGACAACUGUACUGAAAGCUGGACCAUUGACAUAAAGUACUGUCCAGGGAACUACUUGGUAUAUAAUCUUGUCACAUCUAUAUCUUCUUCUUCAGGUUAUUGCUUUGGAACAGAAGCUUCGAGAGCAACAGUUGAAACAACAAGUACAUCAGGAGUUAUACAUACCAACAAUCCAACAAAUGGCACUGUUGAUCCUUGUAAUGACUUCAACCUAGUACAGUAUCCAGACAGACGAGCUGCUACGAGAAUUUUGAACUUUGGAGAAGAAACAGCAAUCAGUGAUGAUUUUCUUGACAAUGGGUGGUACCGAGUUGAAAAAAGUACAUGUGAGAAAAUGCCUACAUCAGCACCAGGACCAUUUCAUUGUGGAACAUGGUAUCCAAUUUGGUUAAACGGACAACUACCUACAGCUAAAGGAGAACAGAUACGACAGACAAUGUGCAUGCAAAGUUUUACUCAUGAAUGCUUAUAUUCGUGGGAUGUAGACAUAAAGCUGUGCGAUGGAGACUAUUUUGUAUACAAUUUGACGACGAGUACGACGUCAUUAUCAGGUUACUGCUUCGGUACUUUAGAGAUGUGUGCAGAAAAAGGAGAUGAUGAAUCUGAACCCCCAAAAGAAAAUUCAGAAAAUGAAAAGAAAGAACAAACUACAGACCAUGCAAUUAUAGCACUUAUUGUUGUACUAUCUGCAGUCAUUGUAAUUCUGUCCAUUUUAUUGGUAGUGUUUUGUCGUAAAAGUAAGAGAUCAGAGAUAAACGGCACUGGAAUAACAUUUUCAGGAAAAACCAUCAACACUGGCAACAGUCCACCGUUAUAUAAACGUGACCCUUCAUAUGUAAAUUUCCAGUCUAGGACUUGUUAUGACAAUCCACCUCAAUAUCUGAGCAGGGAACCAUCAGUCGCCAGCAUCGGAAGUUUUGUUCCAGAUAGGAAACUAACACCAAUAUAAACUGAAAUCCACUUGCAUUUACUCUAGUAGUAUGCUCAAUGAACAAAGUGUAGUAGUCAGCCGAGAACCAGCUUAACACCAGCAGACAUUUUUUAUGGUGAAGGACUCGAAAUAAAUUUAAUUGACUGAAAAAAAACAUAGCAUAUAUUUUUCAGGUAAAAGUGAACAAUUCUGUCAUUUACACGUGUUUACCUAUGAUGACCAUAGUUUUAACAUAUUUAUUUACUGUCCAAAUUUUACAUUGUAAAUAACAUACUGUUUCUAUUUUCACUAUUUGUUUAUUCCAUAUAAGUGUUGAUUCAAUGUAUUUUUACCAUGUUAAAACUUACAACGUGUUAUCAUCAUUUUUUAUAUCUGCUAAUUCUGAGUACAUUUUAGGAAAAUUGUCAAGAAAAUUUAGUUAUUUUGUCCGAAUUUUACAUCAGUUACAUACCGUCUAAAAAGUAAUAUUUAAAUAAACAUAUUACUUGUUUUGAAAUAUAUCAUU